GGGACUACGGGGAGCGGCACGGGUGACUCAGCACCUGGUGGAGCAGAAACGCCUGUGGGUCUCAGAAAGUAAAGUUUUGGGUUCCCUCCUGCACCGUGGCUUCUAGAAGUAUGCUGAUGCUCCAGCUUUCCUGAUCUUUUUGGCGGUUCAGGAAGGGCUUGCAAGGUUUAUUGCCAGAGUACUGUAUGUAUUUCCAAGAGCAACAAAAAUGAAUAAAUCAUUGGGAUUGGUGUCAUUUGAAGAUGUGGCUGUGGACUUCACCUGGGAAGAGUGGCAGGACCUGGAUAAUGGUCAGAGGACUUUGUACAGGGAUGUGAUGCUGGAGACCUACAGCAACCUGUUGUCUUUGGGGCACUGCAUUGCCAAACCUGAAGUGAUCUUCAAGUUGGAGCAAGAAGCAGAGCCAUGGACGAUAGAAGAAUCCCCAAACCUGAGCCUCACAGAUGACCAAAUUGAGAAAAGCCAAGAAAGUCACGGUAGACAUUUGUGUCAAGUUGUACGCACCAUCAGCAAAACAUCAAGUGAGAAGAGAAUUCAGUUAGGAAAAGCAUUUUAUUUGAACUCAAGCCAUGUUUCAAAUCUUAUUAUAAAUAAUGGAGACUAUUCAGGAAGGAGGCAUGAGGAGUUUAAUGUAUGUCUGAAUUCGUUUCAUCCUAGAAAGCCUGAUGAGACUCAUCCUGCAGAGAAACCUAAUGAUCAUAAUAUAACUGGGAAAUCCCACAGACCUUGUGAACAUCUUAGUCACCCUAACGAGACUCAAACUGAGCAGCAGCCUUCUGAAUAUAGUCAACAAGGGAAAACCUUCCAUAAAGAGGAACAAUUGUUUGCACAUAAGGUUCAUAUGGGAGAAAGCUUCUGUACAUAUAAUAAAUAUGAGGAAUGCUUUGAUAAGUCAGCUCUUAUUUCUCAAGAAAUAACUCAGGUAUUGAGGAAAACAUUUCAAUGUGAUAUAUGUGGAAAUAUGUUCUGUGAAAAGUCUAAACUCACUGAACAUCAGAAAAUACAGACAGCAGAAAAAUCCUAUAAAUGUAAUGAAUGUGAAAAACCCUUUGUGAAAUUACCCCUUCCAGUCCAUAAGAGGGCACAUACAGGGGAGAAGCCCUGUGCGUGUAACGAAUGUGGAAAAACCUCUCACCAGAAGUCACUCCUCAGCAGACAUGAAAGAACUCACACAGGUGAGAAACCAUAUGAAUGUAAUGAAUGUAGAAAAUCUUUCUACCAUAAGUCAGCACUCAAUAGACAUAAGAUAAUUCACACACAGGAAUGGCCCUGUGAAUGUAAUGUGUGUGGAAGAACCUUUCACUGCAAAUCAUACCUCAGUGACCAUCAGAGAAUUCACACAGGUGAGAAACCAUAUGAAUGUAGUGAAUGUAGAAAAUCAUUCUGCCAUAAGUCAGCCCUCAAAAGUCAUAAGAGAAUUCACACAGGUGAGAAACCAUAUGAAUGUAAUGAAUGUAGAAAAUCAUUCUGCCAUAAGUCAGCCCUCAAUAGUCAUAAGAGAAUUCACACAGGUGAGAAACCAUACGAAUGUAAUGAAUGUAGAAAAUCUUUCUGCCAGAAGUCAGCCCUCAAUAGUCAUAAGAGAAUUCACACAGGUGAGAAACCAUAUGAAUGUAAUGAAUGUAGAAAAUCUUUCUGCCAGAAGUCAGGCCUCUGUAGACAUAAGAGGAUUCACACGGGGGAAAGACCCUAUGAAUGUGAUGAAUGUGGAAAAACCUUUCACCAGACGUCACACCUCAGCAGGCAUCAGAAAAUUCACACAGGUGAGAAACCAUAUGAAUGUAAAGAAUGUAGGAAAUCUUUCUACCAGAAGUCAGGCCUCAGUGUGCAUCAGAGAACUCACUCAGGUGAGAAGCCAUAUGAAUGUAAAGAAUGUAGAAAAUCUUUCUACAGUAAGUCAGCCCUCACUGUACAUCAGAGAACACACACAGGUGAGAAACCCUAUAAGUGUAAUAAAUGUGGAAAAACCUUUUACGAGAAGUCAAACCUCAGCAAGCAUGUGAGAAUUCACACAGGCAUGAAACCAGAUGAAUUUAAAGAAGGUAGAGACUUUUAACCAUAAAUCACACCUAAAUGGACAUCAGAGAAUUUGCCCAAGUGAAAAAUCAUGAGUGUAAAGAAUAUAGGGAAUCUCUGUGAGAAUUCAAACCUUACUGAACGUCAGAGAAAUUACAUGGGGAAGAAAUCCAGGAACGUAAUGAAUGUGGAAAAAAGUUUUUCCAGAAGUCAACCCUCCCUAGAGCUGUGAAAAUUCACUCUGGAAAAACCAUACUAAUCGAGUGACUGUGGAAAAACUUUUCAUGAAGUCACACCUCAGGAUGCAUCAGAGAGCUCACACAAAAGAGAAACCCUGUGAAUGUCCAGUCAUCCCUCAGAAUGUAUCCAUAGAGGAUUGAUUCCAGGACUCCUCACAGAUACCAAAGUUUUUGCAUUAAGUCACGUAUAAAAUAGUAUAGACUUGCAUAUAACCUAUGUACUU